AUGGCUGCUGCUGCUGCUGCUGCUGCUGCUGCUGCUGCAGGGAACGCGGGGCUGGCUGUGCUGCCGGCGCCUCGCGCUGCUGCAGCGUUUCCUGCUGCUGCUGCUCUGUACGAGUUUGCUGCUGCUGAGCCUGCAGCGCUGCAGCACAAAAGACGCAUCGAAAGAGGAAUAGAAUUGCGAAAAGAUUUCAUGAAAAUAUUUCCUUCAGCACUUCCUGCUGUUCACUUGGGAACGGGGCAGAUCAUAGAGGCCCUUCCGCAGCAGCAGCAGCAGCAGCAGCAGCAGCUGCAGCAGCAGCAAGCAGCAGGCCCGCUGCCCGACAGCCUCGCUGCCCUCGAAACCCUCAGCCUCAGUGUCCUCGGCCUGAAUAGCAGCAGCAGCAGCAGUGACAGCGACAGCAGCAGCAGCAGUGACAGCAGCAGCAGCAGCAGCAGCAAGCGCAAGAGGAAGAAGGAAAAGGAAGAGAUUGUUCACCGAAAUGGAUUUAUUUGUUCUUGUUUUCGACGAAAAGGAGGAGAACGAGAAAAGCAGCUGCUGCUGUCAGCUGUCUGUACACCCGGAUACCACUUGCUGCAUGCAGUCAGGAGAGGAGAUGAAAUGAGUUUUUAUUUAAAUGGAAUUCAAAUUGGAUUUAUUUUCAAAAAUCUAAAAAACACUUUUUCCGAAAUCAGCGCAAUUGGAAAUCAAAUUCAAGGAGGCAAACCCGCAGGCACGCUCGACGCCUUCAAGGUGAUCCUAAACCCUAAACCCUAA